AUGGGAGCUCAGUCACCGGCGUCGCUGCUGCUCGUCUCCAUGGGGCUUGUGCUCCUCUGCUUCACCUCAGGUGUCGCGGAUGCGCAGAAGACGUGGUGCGUCGCCAAGCCCUCGGCCUCCAACCAGGUCCUGUUGCUGAACCUCAACUACGCGUGCUCCCAGGUGAGCUGCGCCGUCAUCCAGAAGGGCGGGCCGUGCUACUACCCGGACAACCUGGUGUCCCGCGCCGCCGUCGCCAUGAACCUCUACUACGCCGCCAAUGGCAGGCACCCCUGGAACUGCUACUUCAACAACUCGGCGCUCGUGGUGCGGUCCGAUCCCAGCUACGGAUCCUGCACCUACUACUAG